AUGUUCUGUCGUCAGUGUGAACAAACGGCGGACCAUUAUGCCUGCACGACGCAAGGAAUCUGCGGCAAGACGUCCGAGACCGCCGCAUGUCAAGAUGCCCUCAUCGAAUCCAUCAAAAGUGUCUCGGCCUGGUGCGUCCAGGCUCGCAAGGAAGGCAGCGUCAGUGAGCAGGAUCUGGAAGCAGCCAACAUUUGGACCCUGCAAGCGACGUUUUCGACACUCACCAACGUGAACUUUUCCGAUGACCGCAUUGCCGACUACAUUCAUCAAGGACAAGCGAUCCGCGCGGAAUUACAAAAGAAAGUGCUCGCGGCUCCAACCGAGUUCAUCGGUCAACUCAAUUUAGCAGGCAAAUCCACGGCCGAGCUGGAGGAUUUUGGCCAUACGGUCAGUAUUCCUAAACGUGCCGCUGCAAUGGGUAACGAAGAUGCUUUUUCGCUUAACGAGAUUGCCACCUACGGUCUUAAGGGACUCUGUGCCUACGCCGCACAUUGUCAAGCUUUGGGCAAGAUGGAUCCGGAAGUCAACGCUGCGGUUCACGAGAUUUUCACCAAACUUGCCAGUGCGGAACCCGACGUGGACGGACUGCUAGCGACGGUGCUGCGUGUUGGACAAGUGAACGGCACCGUGCUAGCCAUGCUCGACAGCGCCCACGCUGAUUUACUGGGUGUCCCUGAACCAACACCCUGCCGGAUGACGGCCGUCGAAGGCAAGGCUAUUUUGGUUUCUGGUCACGACAUGGUAGAUCUAUACGAAUUAUUGAAGCAAACCGAAGGGACUGGUGUGAACGUGUACACGCAUGGGGAGAUGUUACCUGCUCAUGGCUAUCCCAAGCUCAAAGCUUUCGAUCAUCUGAAAGGCAACUACGGCACAGCUUGGCAGAACCAAAAAUUCGAAUUCGCUUCUUUUCCUGGACCCAUCAUUGUCACAACCAAUUGCAUCGUGGAACCCCGCCGUAUGUACAAGGACCGUUUGUACAGCAUGAACGAAGUUGGCGUCGAUGGUGUCCAGCACAUUCCCAAUCGCGAUUUUACGGGAGUAAUCGAGCAGGCACAACAAAUGAAAGGUUUCGUAAGGACCAUCGACCCGCCGACUUUCCAUACGGUUGGAUUCAACCACCGUGUAGUACUGCCUUUGGCCGAACAAAUCAUUGACGCCGCCAAGUCGGGGACAUUGUCACGUAUUUUCCUGAUCGGUGGUUGCGAUGGCUCUCAGUGGGAUCGCUCCUACUUUACUGAUCUGGCCGAAGAAACGCCAGACGACUCACUCAUUCUAACACUCGGCUGUGCCAAGAAUCGGAUAAUUCACCAAGAAAAGUUGAUGGACGCGAAACUCGCCAACGGUUUGCCGCGGGUCAUUGAUAUGGGACAGUGUAACGACUCGUAUUCAGCCGUUGUGGUGGCAACAGAGCUUGCAAAAGCCCUGGACUGCAGCGUGAACGAUUUGCCAUUGAGCUUGUGCCUGUCCCAUUUGGAGCAAAAAGCCGCGGCAGUCUUGCUCACGCUCUUGAGCAUGGGUGUCAAAAAUAUUCGUUUGGGACCAUCCUUACCAGCUUACGUUACGCCAAAUGUAUUGAGUAUUUUACAGUCAGAGUACAACCUCAUGGGAACGGGAGAUGCCAAAAAGGAUCUAGCUGCAAUGAUGGAAGGAAACUGA